CCUCUUCCUCCACCACCUCCUACUCCUACUCCUACUCCUACUCCUCUUCUUCCUCGUACUUCUCCUUCUACUCCCUGUAUUCUGGAUUUGGCUGCGACGACUACGUUUACGUUGACGGCUAAAGCUUCGGAGGCUUCGCCGACGGCGAUGAUGGCGGUGUCUUCGUCCUUUUCACUUGGACGAUGACAGGCCCACCUCCGAACGUUCCUAACGUUCUGCCGCACCGUUAAAACGUCAAACUUUAUCACGAAAACAUGAUAUCUUUCAACCGAGCACGCUGGAAGGGACGGGUGAGAGAGAGGAUAAGAGACCACCACCGCUCUCUUCUUUGCCACCGAGACUCGAUGACGUCAUCUCUAGCGGCCCAAGAUGGUGGCCCCGCGACGGCGCGGCCACCUUUCUCUCUCCACCUGUCUCUCUCACCCAUUCUAUCUCUCUCUUUCUAUCUACUUCUCUCCUUCCUCUCUCUCUCUAUCCUUCUCCCACUAUUUCUUUUAUUUUUUGCGUUUCAUAAUGAUACCAAUGUUCAAGGAAAGAGGAAACAAGAAAACAGUUGGUCGUGUCAAGAAACUUGGAUCAAAAUUAAACAGCUUUGAAGGAAUAAAACAAGAUGUCAUCCAUUUCUUACGUACCCAGAAUAAAUCAGCUGGAUGCAACUCUCCUGGAUAGCGAGAUUGAUAAAGUUUUUCAGAAUCAGAUAAAAGAAAUCUUUAAAUUUUGUCCACCUGGUAAAGUCGACAAGUGGCUACCAGAGAUUAAAGCUCUUCUUAAAAUUCUCAUUUGGAGUUUUUCCUUGGGAUGCAAGAGUUCUACGUUUGGACAACAAAUGCUUGAUCUUCAUUACAACAACUUUAAUAAGAAAAAAUCUAUAUUAUUCCUAGCUUUAAAACUACUUCCAGAGUAUUUUAAAGGUAGAGUAAUAGACAACGGUAUGAUAUCAAGUUCAAAUAGACUGCGUAGACUUAAAAUUUAUACGUCAUGGAUAGCAACUGUUGUACACUUCCUCGAAUUUAUAAAUUUGGUCAGUUUUUUACACCGUGGAACACAACCUCUAUUGAUAGAAAGAUUAUUAAAUAUUUCAAGUGUUUCUACCAAUCCAAAUAGACCAAGGAGCAUUGGCUACUCUUAUAUGACUAGAGAACUUCUUUGGCACGGUUUAAUGGAAUUGUUUACAUUAGGAAUUCCUAUGAUAAACUAUCAUUAUUUAAAACAAAGAAUAAGAUGGCUUUGGACUAAUAGGAAGCAAGACAGUAUUAAAAGAUCAUUUCCAAUAAUGAAUGAAUCUACUAUCUGUGCUUACUGUAAGGAGAAACCUAUUUUGCCGACUCACGCUGGUUGUGAACAUAUUUUCUGUUAUUAUUGUUUGCAAGCAAAUUUUACUGCAAUGAAGAUGUUACUCUGUCCAGAAUGCAAUACCGAAUUACAUGACUGUGUUAUGAAAAAUUAUGUUGCCAAUCUUGGUCCUACCGCUACGGUAGAGAACAAUAAUUUAUUGUGA